UUCUAUGGCCCGGUUUGUGGUUAAGCAAAUGUCAUUCGACGUAUUUUCUUUAAUCAUUUAAAUAUUUACCGGCCGGUGAAUAGGUGCUUGCCUGCAUUGUUCCAAUAAAUUCUUAUCAUCUUAUAUCAGUUCAUUUGACCGCUUGAAAAAAUGUUGCGCCUAUUAAAAUCAACAAAUCUUGUCAAGAAUUCGGGAAGAAUUUUGUCAGCUAAUUUCCCUAGCUCCACGAUUGGGGCCAAGGCAAAUUUUGCUGCCAUGCCAGAGCCAAAGACGAAUCCAGAAAUCUUAUAUACCGGGCUCUUUAUCAACAAUGAAUGGCACAAAAGUAAAACCGGCAAGACUUUUGAAACCAUUAAUCCCACAACAGAAAAAUCGAUUGCCGACAUCCAAUGUGCAGGCAAAGAAGAUGUUGACAUUGCCGUAAAGGCAGCCAGAAAUGCUUUUAAAUUGGGUUCUCCCUGGCGCCGCAUGGAUGCUUCGCAACGCGGAGUCUUGCUUAAUCGUUUGGCCGACCUAAUGGAGCGUGACAUUGUCUAUUUGGCUAGUUUGGAAACUUUGGAUAAUGGCAAGCCCUUUGCCAUGUCUUACAAUGUCGAUUUACCCAUGUCCAUAAAAAAUUUGCGUUAUUUCGCUGGUUGGGCUGACAAAAACCAUGGCAAAACCAUACCCAUGGACGGUGAUUUCUUUGCUUACACCCGCCAUGAACCCGUGGGUGUAUGCGCUCAAAUCAUCCCCUGGAAUUUCCCCAUUUUAAUGAUGGCCUGGAAAUUGGGCCCAGCUUUGGCUACAGGCAACACUAUCGUCCUGAAACCAGCUGAACAAACCAGUUUGACUGCUCUCUAUAUGGGUCAACUGAUUAAGGAGGCUGGUUUCCCGGAGGGUGUUGUUAAUAUUUUGCCUGGUUUUGGCGACACUGGUGCCGCUUUGGCCAACCACACCGAUGUUGAUAAGGUUGCUUUCACCGGCUCCACUGAGGUGGGCAAGUUGAUACAACAAGCCUCUGGAAAUACCAACUUGAAACGUGUUACCCUGGAAUUGGGAGGCAAAAGUCCUAAUAUUGUCUUGGCCGAUACCGAUAUGAGUUAUGCUGUGGAAACUUCUCACUUUGGUCUGUUCUUCAAUAUGGGUCAAUGUUGCUGUGCAGGUUCACGCACAUUUGUGGAGGACAAAAUCUAUGAUGAAUUUGUGGAACGCAGUGCCGAACGGGCCAAGAAGCGUACCGUAGGCAAUCCUUUCGAUUUGAAUGUGGAACAAGGUCCCCAGGUCAAUGAGGAGCAAAUGCAAAAGAUUUUGGGCCUCAUUGACACCGGUAGAAAACAAGGUGCUAAGCUGGUGGCAGGUGGUAAUCGUCCCCAGGGUUUGCCCGGUUAUUUCGUUGAACCCACGGUAUUUGCCGAUGUCAAGGAUGACAUGACCAUUGCUCGCGAGGAAAUUUUCGGCCCUGUACAACAAAUUAUUCGCUUCAAAAAACUCGAUGAAGUUAUUGAAAGAGCAAACAAUUCCGAUUAUGGCUUAGCAGCUGCCGUCUUUACCAAGGAUAUAGAUAAGGCCAAUUACAUAGUACAAGGUUUGAGAGCUGGCACCGUAUGGGUGAAUACCUACAAUGCUUUGUGUGCUCAAGUUCCAUUUGGUGGCUAUAAGAUGUCAGGUCAUGGCCGCGAAAAUGGUGAAUAUGCCCUACAAAACUAUACCGAAGUUAAAAGUGUUAUUGUGAAGAUGGCUCAAAAGAAUUCAUAAAUAAAUGUAUAACGUAAUUUGUGUUCGUCUUUUGUAUUGUAAAUUUAUCAUUUCGUAUUUUGUAUAUAAUCGAUAAUAAAAAAUGUUGCUGAAUCGUAAA